AUGAGAAAUCGAUGCAUUGAUGAUGAGUGUGACCUUUUGAUUGAUGACAGUAGAGGAGUAUUAAUGAUGGAUUUCGUGAAAUAUGAUGCAGGUAUGAGUGACAGAAGCAGUAUUGCAGAUGUUAAUUGCGGACAAUUGGAAAGUUGUCCUCUGCUUCACUAUGCCUUUCUAAAUUUUCCAUGUUACUUUCAAGCCAAAGAAGAAGUGCAUCAGAAAGAUGCAUCUCACUGUCAACUGUCAAAUGAGGGUGCUUUACUGAAGAUAACAACAAGUUAUGUGGAAUUUUUCCAAACAAGUUAUUCUUUUUUUUUUGGACUGGAAGUUGAAACUUGGAGCAUGAAGCUUGAAGAAUACAUGAAGAUUGAGAACUUUGGCAUGGCAUGGACUUGGAAGUUUACUCAUGGGAUUUUAGCAUCUUUAGGACUAAGGAAUUUUGUUCAAGUGCAUUUUAUAACAGUUUUUCUUUGUGGAUUAUUGGUGUAA